UGUUUAACCUUUUGCGGCGCCAAGCCUCGCGCCUCGCGCAACGUAAGCUUGCACUUGCGUGCCAUGGCGGUGGAAGCAGACAAGCUUCCCAUUUUCUUCGUUGAGAAUCCCGACGGGACCAUCGACGGUGUGGCGGGCGCGGACUCCAUCGCUCCUCCACCGGCGAAUCCACGGCUCUGGUGCCAUCACUGCAAUACGCAGCUGGAAUUUGCCGCCGGAGCAUCCUACGUCCAGUGCUACCUUUGCAGGACCAUGAACGCAGUGCUGACGGGAAGUCAAUUAGGUGGCAGAACCAUGAACAUGUUGUGCACCGUGUGCGGAACUUCAAAUCUCGCUCCCUGGGGCACUGCGUAUGUCCGAUGUGGCCAAUGCAACACGGUCUCAGAUGUCACGCACAUCUAUCACACCAAUGUGACAGGACGUUGACACCGGUGACGCCGCAGAGCUCCAGAAGUCCUGUGCGCGAAGUCCUGCGGCGGACGACGGAAAAAUGGGUCGAUCUAAGUUGGUGAACAUAACUCCGGUCUGUGGCAGGUUUAGACCUAUAGUUGGCUAUAG